AAACAGGACAUGGUGUUUGCUGAAUAUGGAUCAAGGUGGAAAUUGCUGAGGAAACUAAGCAACCUGCACAUGCUUGGAGGAAGGGCUCUUGAUGAGUGGGGAAAGGUUCGAGAAGAAGAGAUGGGGCAGAUGCUGGGUAGCAUGUACGAGUGUAGCAAGAGGGGUGAAGCUGUGGUGGUGCCUGAGAUGCUCACUUACUCUAUGGCCAACAUGAUAGGCCAAGUCAUACUCAGUCGUCGAGUGUUCGAGACCAAGGGUUCUGACUCAAACCAGUUCAAGGACAUGGUGGUCGAGCUCAUGACUGUUGCAGGCUACUUCAACAUUGGCGAUUUUAUACCCUUCUUGGCCAAAUUGGACCUUCAAGGUAUAGAGCGUGGGAUGAAGCACUUGCACAACAAGUUUGAUGUGUUGCUCACAAACAUGAUUCAGAACCAUGUGGCUUCUAAGCAUAAGAGAAAGAAUAAACCCGAUUUCUUGGACAUGGUCAUGGCUCAUUAUGGUGAAGACGACGCUCAUGGGGACAAACUCUCAUUCAUCAACGUCAAAGCACUGCUACUCAACCUAUUCACAGCGGGAACUGACACGUCUUCAAGCAUCAUAGAGUGGUCCUUAGCAGAGAUGCUGAAGAACCCGAGCAUCAUGAAGAAGGCUCACGAGGAAAUGGACAAAGUGAUAGGCAGGGAGCGCCGCCUCAAAGAAUCCGACAUCCCAAACCUUCCCUACUUCCAAGCCAUAUGCAAAGAGACCUACAGAAAGCACCCUUCAACUCCUCUCAACCUCCCUCGAAUCUCCAAACAACCAUGCCAAGUUAACGGCUUCUACAUCCCCGAGAACACUCGCUUGAGCGUCAACAUCUGGGCCAUUGGGAGAGACCCCCAAGUGUGGGACAAACCCCUCGAGUUUAAGCCAGAGAGGUUCUUGAGUGGCAGGAACAAAAUGAUCGACCCACGUGGCAAUGACUUCGAGUUAAUACCCUUCGGCGCCGGGCGAAGGAUCUGCGCCGGCACCAGAAUGGGGAUUGUCUUAGUGCACUACAUUUUGGGAACCUUGGUUCAUUCCUUUGAUUGGAAGGUGCCACGUGAAGUGGGGGAAUUGAACAUGGAGGAGGCCUUUGGUCUUGCCUUGCAGAAAAAGGUUCCUCUUGCUGCUUUGGUUACUCCUAGGUUGACUCCUAAUGCUUACAUUCCUUAGAUUACCUUUCUUAUAAGCUUUCUUCUCCAAUGCUUCUGUGGUAGCUGAUUAUCUAUAUAGCUACUGAAUAAGUGUUUGUGUUAGCACAACCAGUUGCUGUUUCUAAAUAUCUUCUGAUUCAGGCUUAUCUAAUUUGUUUUCGGUUAAUUAUGUUUUAUGUUAUUC